AUGACCGGCGGAGUUUACGGGUCGAAAGGUUCGGGGCGGGGAGCCUCCGCGCGGCACCGGGAGCGGUUGCGGGACGACGAGAGCGGGCGGGGGAGCAGGGGGAGCCACGGCAGCCGCGGGGAGUCGAGCGGGGGAAGCAACAGCGGCGGAAACGAGUCGUCCGUGAAUGGAGGGGCCACCGCGUGGGCCAUAGACUUUACAGAGGUGGAGCUGGGUGAGCUAGUCGCCACGGGCUCGUUUGGCGUGGUGCACAGAGGCGUGUAUCGCGGGCAGCAAAUAGCGGUCAAGUUCCUGCUCUUCCCGGAAGCUAGUAGCGAGGAUGACUUGAAUCGGGCCAAGAGGGGGUUCCGGCAGGAGGUGGCGGUGUGGCACAAGCUGCAGCACCCAAACGUCGUGCAGUUCCUAGGAGCGUACAUCAACCCGCCCAAGUGGGCCAUAGUGACGGAGUUUCUAGAGGGCGGCACAGUCAAGGGCUUCCUGUCCCGGAUAGGCAAGAACCGCCUGCCGCUCAAGCAGAUCGUCUCCAUGGCCCUCGAUGUCGCCAGGGGCAUGCAGUACCUGCACAGCCACAACGUGAUUCACCGCGACCUCAAGUCGGCGAAUCUGCUGCUGGCAGCAGACGCGAGUGUGAAGGUGGCGGACUUUGGCCUGGCGCGCACAGAGGCACAGGAGCCGGGCAACAUGACCGCUGAGACGGGCACAAUCAGAUGGAUGGCGCCGGAGAUGAGCGACCACAAGCCGCACACGCGGAAGGUGGAUGUGUACAGCUAUGGCAUCGUGCUGUGGGGGAUGAAUGAUCGACCACAAGCGUACACCAGAAAGGUGGACGUGUACAGCUAUGGCAUCAUGAUCGACCACAAGCCUUACACGCGGAAGGUGGACGUGUACAGCUAUGGCAUUGUGCUCUGGGAGAUCUGCACGGCCCAAUGGCCGUUUGAAGGGCUGUCCUUUGUGCAACUCGCACACGCCAUUGUCGCUGAUGACCUACGGCCGCCCAUAAAGGACUGCCCGAGCCAGCUAACAAAGCUGAUAACGCGGUGUUGGGACCGGGACCCAGAUGUACGGCCAGACUUUGACGAAAUUGUUAAAACUCUCCAAGGCAUUGCCUCGAGUGCGUCGCUCAGAUUCAGGUCGGAUGGUCCAACAGUACCCAUGCGGCCAGCACCCACAGGAUCCGGCAGACCUAACGGCAGCUUAACUCCAGCAACAGCAGGAGGAGGAGGAGGAGGUGGAGGAGGGGGAGGAGGAGGGGGAGGAGGAGCAGGAGGGGGAGCAGGAGGAGGAGGCGGGAGGGGAGGGGAUGGCAGCAGCAGUCAGGGUGUGGCGUCACGGCACGGGCAACGGGAAGAGCAGCCAGCAGAAGGGCAGUGGACCAAGAUCCAGGUGCCUGUAGCUCCUGAGAAAUCCACUGGGUGCGGUUGCUCGAUACUGUGA